GAGGAGGAGGAGGAGGAGGAGGAGUGGUGUGUGUGCGAGCGUGUGUGGCUGGGGGAAGCCAUUGCCUGUUUAAUAGUUGCUGUUGCUGCACUUCCGCUUCUCUCCCAACGAGAGAGAGACACGAGUGGCCAGGCCCAGCCGCAGCCGCAGCAGCAGCCGCGGCGGCGGCACGGAGGAGCCAGACACAAAGAGAGGGGCUGUUUGCGGGGUGGGGUGGGGGGUUCGCUAUGUCGGAUGACGAUUCGAGGGCCAGCACCAGCUCCUCCUCAUCUUCGUCCUCCAACCAGCAAACCGAGAAAGAAACAAACACCCCCAAGAAGAAGGAGAGUAAAGUCAGCAUGAGCAAAAACUCCAAACUCCUCUCUACCAGCGCCAAGAGGAUUCAGAAGGAACUGGCAGACAUCACUUUAGACCCUCCACCUAAUUGCAGUGCUGGUCCCAAAGGCGAUAACAUCUAUGAAUGGAGAUCAACAAUUCUAGGGCCCCCAGGAUCUGUGUAUGAGGGUGGUGUGUUCUUCCUUGAUAUUACUUUUACACCAGAAUAUCCCUUCAAGCCUCCAAAGGUUACAUUUCGGACAAGAAUCUAUCAUUGUAAUAUUAACAGCCAAGGUGUUAUUUGCUUGGAUAUAUUGAAAGAUAAUUGGAGUCCAGCACUAACCAUUUCUAAAGUCCUCCUUUCUAUCUGCUCACUUCUUACAGACUGUAAUCCUGCUGACCCGUUGGUGGGAAGUAUUGCCACUCAGUAUAUGACCAACAGAGCAGAACAUGACAGAAUGGCCAGACAGUGGACCAAGAGAUACGCUACAUAAAUUGGGUUUUCACAAUUCUUAGAUUAUUUGUCUGUCACAGAGAAGAGAGCUGCUUAUGAUUUUGAAGGGGUAGGGGAGGGUGGGAGUUGGUAAAGAGUAGGGUAUUUCUAUAACAGAUAUUAUUCAGUCUUAUUUCCUAAGAUUUUGUUGUAACUUAAGGUAUUCUUGCUACAGUAGACAGAAUUGGUAAUAGCAACUUUAAAACUGUCAUUAGUUCUGCAAUAUUAGCUGAAAUGUAGUACAUAAAAGAAUGUACAUUUAGAUAUUCGGGUUCAGUUGCUUGUAGUCUGUAAAUUUAAAACAGCUUAAUUUUGUACAGGUUAUACACAUGGCCAUUUAUGUAAAGUCCCUCUAAGACUACAUACGUUCUUGUUUAAAAAAAAGGAAUUUGUUUUCCCUUCUUGGAAGGGACAUUGAUAUUUAACAGAGUUUUUGGAGACUUGUCAUCUCAUAUAUAUAAAAUGGACAUGUGGCUAUAAGACAACGUAUAGGAAAUGAGUAGUUAAUGUAUUUUAUUUUAUAUGCCAAUCUAUUGUUAAAAGAUUAAAGGUUUGGAUCAGGAAUUGUGAAAACCUGUAGUGAAAUACCUUAAGCUGUUAACUGUAAGGCGUGGAAUUAGGAGUUGCUCAGUGGAUUGGUUAUAUGUUGUGGACUACUUAAGUCUGCAUUUGUUACUGUGCUAAUAAACAAUAUUAAAAACAACCACCUGAU